AUGGGUUUCGACAUCUUCUGCGCCGUGUGUGGCGGCCCUGCCUGCGCCUUUAUUACCAUCUGCGACAAAUCUCGCAGAGCCGCGCUCCGAGAGAAGAGGGAAGAAGAUCCCGACUUCAGCGAGAAAGAUCUCGAUAGAAAAGAAUUCCGGGGCUAUGAUCCUGAGAUUGUCAGCCCGGAAGACGUCGAGUGGACCUACCAGGCUCAGGUUUUGGGCUUCAAUCCUAAGGCCACUGGCCUCGACAAAAUGUAUAUCACUCAACCAGCAAACUACGAAGACUACGGGUGUAUGAGUGACGUAGAAUCUGAUGACCCAAAUUUUCCCGAGGAUUCGGACGAGUUCCAAUGCUACCGCGUGUACGACGCCACUCAAACGCCUUGCUACCCCAUCCAUGAGCCGUGCUUCAAGCUCCUGACCCAAGUCCUCUGCGGCACCGAUAACGCCGACCAUCUCGACAAAGACUCCCUGUACCACAUCAUUUCCAGCCUGACCGACUGGGGCCUCCCCGCGCUCGACUACGGCGAGCCCUCGCAACGCUACGACCAAUGCUGGUGGUCCAACCCAGGCGAAGAGAUGAUGGUUGCCUACCCGCUCUCCAACCCGCCCUUCACCCUCCUCCUCCGCAACACCGUGUCGACGGACGACUUCGCGCUGCCCUCGCCUCUCACCACCGCCGCCGCUGCCACCUCUGCCUCCCUCUCCUCCCGCGUCCGCAACGACCCCUUCACCCUCCUCCCCUACGAUAUCACCCACCAAAUCGCCCUCCUCCUCCCCGCCGAAUCCCUCCUCGCCCUCGCCCGCGCCUCGUACCCCGUGCACGCGGCUAUCCGCGACGGCCGCGCCAACCCGGGCUUCUGGCGGCAGGCGCUGCGGCGGUGCAUGCCGUGGUUCACAGAGCUGCAUACGCUGAUGCGGCACGGGACGGUGGACGAGGAGAGCACAGAUUACAAGGGCUUGUUUCUGUGGUUGGAUAUGAGCACGAGGCCGCGGCGCGGGUUGGCGGGGCCGUUUAUGGGGGUGGCGAAUAGGAGGAGGGUGUGGGGGGUGUGCGAGCAAUAUGAUGCGUUGUAUCAGCCGCGCGUGAAGGCGAAAGAGAAGGAGAGGGAAAGGGUGUAUGGGGUGGAGGCGGAGGAGAUUUGGAAGGGGGUUGUGAAUGUGGGGCUGCCGGUUGUAACGUGGCCGCCGCCGGGGGAGAGGGAUGUGGUGCGGACGGCAUCAACCCAGUGGGUUUGUAGGUGGGAUGAGGUGGAUGCAGGUGCGUUUUUGGAGGUGUUCUGGGAUAAGGUAGGGACGUUGGCAGGGUUGGCACUGGUGCUGGGUGGGAAGAAGAAGGUGAUUGGAGGUGACGUAUUUGUGGAGGGUGGAGAAAAGAGGUUGUUUGGAGCGGAAGGCGCUGUCGUGAAUGGAGCGAGGAAGGUGUUUAAGAAGGACACGGUUGAGAUUGAACGUGGCGCUUGGAUUGAGGGGCUGGUGCUGCAUUUGCCGGAUGUCUUCUACACGGAGAAGACGGAGACUUCGAUCAAGGGAAUAACAAUUCGCAUGAGCAACGGAAAAGAGAGCAGCCUCGGUGACUCCAAUCGCAAGCACUGCCAACGCCUGCUCCAAAUCGCCCCCGACCACGCCCUCGUCGGCAUCACAGGCCAAAUCAGCGGUGACCACCGCAUCACCCGCCUCGGCCUCUUCCAACACGCACAUUUCGACGUCCUCUCCAUCGACACCUACAACGAACUGGACUCCCCCCUCCUCCACACACCCCUCUGGACCACCUCCCCGGCCCCCCUUGACUGCGAUAUCCACAACCCCUCCCACCCCAUCUGGUCUCCCGAAAACAUCACAGGCGCCGUCGACCUGCGGGCGCUGCCCUCCACCGACCGCAUCCGCCACCGCUACCAGAUCCAAGAUCCCUACCACGAAGACAUCGUCCCAACGCACCCCUUCAUCUGGGCCGCCACAGAGCGCGAGCGAAGGAACUUGGUGAGCAUCACAGCCUGGCUGUACGAAGGCAAGCACAUCUGCUGCGUGCGCGCCGAGUACAGGCAAGGCUCAGGCAUCGCGCCACGCACGGCCGGGCCGCCGGCGGUGGUGAGGAUGAUGGAGGACGAAGAAGGCAGCGUGGAGAGAAUGCCUGGCGUGGACCAGGCUGAGGCUAAUGGGGUGUUGAUGCGGGGCAAGAGUAAGAGGGAGGAUAUGGGGUGGUGGAAGGAGUGGGUGGCGCAAAUGCAGGAGGUGCGGCUGCAUGUGGAUGGGAUGGGGGGCGAGGAGGUAGUGGGGGUGGAUGUGGUGCAUCAUGAGGAUAUUCAAGCUGUGAGGAUUCGGACGAAUUCUUCGCAGGCCUACUGGGGGGAGACGCGGCCGAUUAUGCACUAUUGGAAUUUUGAGAAUAGGGAAGCGGAUGCCGGCGAUAAGAUUGCGGGCAUGGCUUUGGCGUUUACGUUCGGUCGGCCGCAGGCGGAGGAGAUUGCGCAUCGGUUUAAUGAUGUUUCGGGGAUGGUGUUGAGGGAAAAUCCGAAGUUGAGCUGGCUGGCGACUUUGGUCGUCAAGGAGUAG